CUGUUUUAACUAAUCCACAGAUUGGUUACUAUAGCCUCUGUGUUUAUUAAAAUAUUAAAACUAAUGCCUAUUUCUCAUAAUCCUUAUUAUUGUCAUGAGCAAAUACAAAUACCCACAGCUCUUCCAGACAUUUUAAAGCAAUUCACCAAAGCAGCUAUCAGAACGCAACCUAAAGACGUUCUCAAGUGGUCUUAUGCAUAUUUUAAAGCGAUGGCACAAAGUGAAAUACCACCAGUUAAAGAAAGACUUGAGCUUCCAAUAAGUACGCAAAAAACAGACACAGGUUUAACACCAGGAAUUUUAAGAAUUUUAAAUAACCAGCUUGCGUCAAUGAAAAUCGUUUCGUUAUCCGUCAUUGAAGAAAAAUGGAAAGACUUGUCGCUACCGGUUGAACGGUUUCAAGAAAUUUGUCGCAUAGGAAAUUUCGUAAAUAUCUGUGAAUGGAAGUGGUUUUUAGCACUUGCUGCUUCUGACUUAUGUGCCACAUUAUCAGAAACUUUGAAAUUGAUAUGUGAAAUUCUAACGGCAGAUCCUGAAGGUGGGGCAGCUAGAUUACCAUUUGAGCAAUGGCUAGAAUUCUAUCGUUAUCUUGCGAAAAUCGAUGAUAUACCAGAUGAACAUAUUAAUAAAGUAUUAGCUCAUUUAAGUUUUGACAUUGCAACUCAAAAUGGUGCAAUUGCACCUCGUAAUUUUAUGCAUAAAAAUUGUCCGAAAUUAAAUCCGAGAGAAGUAAAUGUACAUGCUUUUACAGAAUCAACCGUUGAAGACUAACAAUUUCCGUAUCGAUGAAACACCAUACAUAUGUAUGUGCAUCAAUAGGAAGAGUAUUUCAAGUAUUUUACAUCUGCGUUCAACUUAUUUAUUUUCUGUUAGUCUUAUUAGAAAGGAAAACUAAGAUAAAUCGAUGUUGGUUAAAAUAAAUUCAAUUGUCAAUGAACGAAAUGGAACUUUGUAAAUUUUGAGUUCAAUUGUUUUAGUUCCAAUUAUAUUAUGGUUGACACUAUUUUAGGGAAUGAAAUUCACUUCUUAAUAAAUGCGGAUAUUUCAUGUACACUGUUAUGCGUUUGGAAGUUUACUAGUGACCUUCACAAAAUGAAUAUAAAAUUUAAAGGAAUC